AUGGACCCCAGUGGUUAUCCGGCAGGCUAUCCCGUCCCGACGCAGAGCCCGCAACAGACGCCUUUUUAUUCUAACGCGGCUCCGUAUCAGUCAAAGCCACCGCAGCAUUCCUUUGCUAUGCCCAUGCAGCCUGGAGCUAUGAUGCCUUCAGGCUUUCCCCAAUCCUCCGCAGCACCUAUGGAGAACUUCUCAGCACCCUUCAACCAGACCCCUGUUCCCACCACCAUGGGCCAAUUCGUCCCCUCUCAAGGCACGUCCGGUCAAAAUAUGCCAUCACAAGUAGCGCAAACCUUUUCUCAAAACAUGGCCUCGAUUUCGGCGAAUAACCUCCUCGGCACCCAGCCCAAACCCCCUUCACAGAUGAAUUCUCCUCAAAGCGGUGCUUCUCCUGCGGUCCCCGCCCAGGCUCAGGCCCAGGCUCAGGCUCAGGCUCAAGCUCAAGCUCAAGCACAGUUUGCCGCGCGUGAAAAGGCCCGCGUCACUGCACUUCUUGAUAUCAACUCUGCCCUGCUGCAGGAAGUGGUCAAUCUUCAAGCCGCUGGAAAGGCCGGUGCUGCCUCCAACCCAGACCCAAAUUCACCCACCACAGAGCAGGUAGUCGAUCCAUCAAAAGCCGGGCAGAAACCGAGCCCUGAAUACAUUGAAUGCAUGCGACGCUUGCAAGCCAACUUGGCCUACCUCGCAACCAUCGCUGAUCGAGCCAAGAAACCGGGUGGUGUUGCGCCCCAAGCGCCAGCCAUCAUGACGCCGCCACCCAAUCUCCCGAGUAUAAAUGACCUGUACACCAAGCUCAACGAGCUUUUCUCUCGACCUGGCAAAGCCUCGACGCCACAACGCCUCAGCCCUCAGGGUAAUGGGGGGCCCAGCCCUGGCGCUCUGGGCGAGUCUGUUGUCUGA